AGCGGUAACAGGUCUCCUGCAGGAAUGUUUGCUUGUUCGUCCAGGAUGGGGUCUCACCAUUCAUCUCGGUCCAAACCGAAUCCUUCUCCACCACACAGUGUAGCCAACUCUGACAGAACAGAAACAUGUCACUUCACAGCCUCUGUGUGCAUGCCGUCCUUCUAACAAGCAUCCUGUAUUUCUGCACAUCAUCAGGUGGUUCAUCUGAGAGUAGACUUCACAGGAUCAUCAUGAACCAAGAUGUAAAGGAGCUGGAAGCCAGACCAACAUCGAAGAUUGAAGUGUCUCAAUCCAAGGCCAAAGAGUUUCUGUCGGCUCUUCACAGGUCAAAACGAAAUGUGUGGGACCGCAGCCGUCCAGACGUCCAGCAGUGGAUCCAGCAGUUUAUGCAUAUGGGCUACGAUGAGGCUAGACUUGAGACUGAUCUUUCCUAUUGGAUGGACCGUGCCAGAUCACAUGACCAAGGGCAGCAGCAUCAUUACGAUGAGAAUGCACCCAUGAGCCAUCAGGACCGCCGCUCGUACAGACACGGAGCCAAUGUCAAUUAUGAUUACUAUUAAACCACACAGGUGCCAUCUUCUAGAGCUUUACAUUUACUGUAAGACCUGAAGACCACUGGUGGACUCAUAUGUCGGUCUAGUGCAAGACGCAAUGACAUGACCUGUAUCUCUGAGAUGAUCGCAUCGCCUGUUCUAUCUGUUUGUUUUUAAUUGAGUGAAUAGGAUUAUGGGAUUGUAUGAGAUAAAGGUUAAGAUCAAAUCAAACAGGGUGUGAAGAAUACAAUAUGAAUAAAAUC